UUUUCAGAGAAAAAAUGUUACUGAUACUAAUUUUGUUGGCUGUUGCGGCAGUCCUGACUGCAAAUCUUUGGCGUGCCAGACAAAAACUUCCGAAAGGACCAACUCCUCUCCCGCUCAUUGGCAAUUUCCAUCAAUUGUUCUACCUUUCUUGGAAAACUGGAAGUUUGGUGGCGGCAUUCAAUGAAUUGAAAAAGCAAUAUGGAAAAGUUUUCACAGUCUGGAUGGGCCCGAAGCCCAGUGUAUACAUCUGUGACUAUGAUAUUGCUCAUGAGACUCAUGUCAAGAGAGCGAAUAUUUUUGGAACUCGAUAUUCAGUAGGUGGUAUGGAAUAUAUCAGAGAAGGUCGCGGAAUCAUUGGGUCGAAUGGAGAUUUCUGGUUGGAGCACAGAAGAUUUGCUCUGAUGACUUUGAGAAAUUUCGGAGUGGGAAGAACAAUUAUGGAGGAUAAAAUAAUGGAUGAAUAUAGAUAUAGAUUUAAAGACUUUAAAAGAACACAUUUCAAAAAUGGAGCAAUCCAGGUAAAUGCUUCAUCAAUUUUUGAUCUACUCGUUGGCUCAAUUAUCAAUCAAUUGCUAGUUUCUGAGAGAUUUGAGCAGGACGAUCAGGAAUUUGAAAAGCUGAAAACCAGUCUGGCAGAGGCACUCGAAAAUAUAUCAAUAAUCGAAGGUUUUCUACCGCUUUGGGUUCUCAAAUCUCCGUUAAUGAAGUGGAGGACAAAAAUAACAUUCGCUCCGUUUGACUUUAUUUUUGAAUUGGGGAACAGAGGAAUACAGCGAAGAGUUGCUGCUAUCGAAAAUGGAACUCAUACUCUCAGUGAAGAAGGCGACGAUUUUGUAGACGCAUUUAUUGUAAAAAUGGAGAAGGACAAGAAAGAAGGCAUUGACUCUAGUUUUACUCUCGAGACACUGGCUAUAGAUUUGUUUGAUCUCUGGCAAGCGGGUCAGGAGACCACAUCUACUACUUUGACCUGGGCGUGUGUGUGCUUGCUGAACCAUCCAGAAGUUGUGGAAAAGCUCAGAAAAGAGCUGACAGAAGUUACCGGAGGAACACGUGGAGUCUCCCUUACUGACAGAACCAAGACACCAUACUUGAAUGCUAAUAUAAAUGAGUUCCAACGCAUUGCCUCAAUUCUCAACGUCAACCUAUUCCGAGUUCUCGAAGAGGACACAACGAUUGAUAGUCAGCCCGUACCAGCUGGGGCACUAGUCACAACCAAUCUUUCUAUGCUUCAUACUGAUGAGGAAAUUUUCAAAAAUCCUCAAGAAUUCCGCCCAGAAAGGUUUAUGGAAAAUAAUAACUUGGAGAAGAGAUUGAUACCAUUUGGAAUUGGUAAACGAGCAUGCCCUGGUGAAUCGUUGGCUAGAGCUGAGCUGUUUUUGAUAACCGGAAACAUGAUCCUAGAUUACGACCUAGAACCAGUUGGAACUCUUCCAAAAAUUGAGACAACUACUCCAUUUGCUCCAAUGAAGAGACCACCAGUCUAUGAUAUUCGCUUCGUUCCUCGAUCUCAAUAAUCUGAAUAAAUCUUUUAUUUUGUGCAUGUGAUAAAUUAUAUUGUUAAAAAUAUAUGAAGGUUUUCGGUCG